AUGUUCAAAAGGGUGGCGAUGUUGUUGAAGCAAUUCGUUCAACUCAAACCUAUAUCGUAUUGCUCACAGAGUUUGUUAGUUUUCUCAUCGUUUUCACGAAAUUUUUCAAUAAAUCCAAGCAAAACGAAAUCGUCAAAUAUUUCCAAUUCGUUAACGAAAGAGAAUUUAAAUGUUGGUACCAUAGGACACAUUGACCAUGGCAAAACAACGCUCACGGCGGCCAUAACUCGAUUUGUUCCAUUCGAUCAAAUUGAUAAAGGUGCUGAGGAAAGACGGCGAGGCAUAACGAUUAAUUUAGCAUACAUUGGUUACGAAACGGAAAAACGGCGGUAUGCGCAUACAGAUUGCCCGGGGCAUAGUGAUUUUAUCAAAAAUAUGAUAACGGGUACAGCGCAGAUGGAUGUAGCCAUAUUAGUUGUGGCUGCCACAGAUGGAGUUAUGACACAGACAAAAGAGCAUUUAUUAUUAGCUCAACAAAUUGGUAUUUCUCGUAUUGUUGUAUUUAUUAAUAAAGUUGAUGUUGUCGACGAAGAUACAGUGAUACUGGUUGAAAUUGAAAUUCGCGAAUUAUUACAGGAACAUGGGUUUGCAGAUGAUUGUAUAACUGUGGUCAAAGGUUCUGCAUUGCGUGCUCUUCAGACAGAUGAAACUGAGUGUAUUGAUGAAUUACUUUCUGCACUAGAUAAUAUUCCUCUUCCUAAAAGGCUUCAAGAUGUUCCGCUGUUAAUGCCAAUAACGUCUAGAAUUAUAGUUAAAGGAAGAGGAACAGUGGCUGUGGGGACAAUUGAAAGAGGAAUGCUUAAGAAAGGUGAUUCAGUGGAAAUUAAAGGAGCUGAAGGUUGUUUUCAAGCAAGAGCUCUAGAUAUCCAAGUUUUUGGAAAAUCGGUCUCCAAAGUUGAAGCUGGUGAUCACUGUGGUAUAUUAUGCAAAGGUAUAAAAGCGGAUAAUAUAAAUCGUGGUAUGUGGUUGGGAGCAGUUGGCUCCAUUCAUACAUCAAAUUUUCUGAAAACAGAAUUAUACUUACUUUCUGAGAAAGAUGGUGGUCGAAGAACUGCAAUACGUUCAGGCUAUACGAUUAAAAUUUAUUGUACUACUUGGGAUGAGGUGGCAAGGAUACAUCUCGAUAGUGAUUUAUUAAUGCCUGGUGGACACUGCAGUGCUUAUUUGGCAUUAAAUAAAAAAAUACCUGUGGAAAGUUCUCGUCCAUUUACUCUUAGAGAUCAUUCAACUCAUCAAACAAUAGCACAUGGAAUCAUUCGUGAGAUAUUACCUGCUUUGGAUACGACAACAAAGCUGGGUCUCAAAAUACUUGAUGAGGCAGUUGAGAAUAUUUAA